CAGGCGGGAGCGUUCGGUGUAUCCCGAAACGGAACGUUCUUUAUUUAAAAGUUUUUUUUUUUUACAAUGAACUAUCAAAGCAAAGGUAACAAGUAUGUGUGCCCUAACGACAGACAACUCUCGCUGCGAGCUAAGCUUCGGACGGGCUGGAGCGCUGCCCGCAGCGAGCCCCCGCUGACUCCUAACGAGAGGGAUGCCAUUCUGGCUGUCGUCAAGCGAGCUGAGAAAUUAGAAGAAACGGAAGCCAAACGCGUCGGACGACUAGUCGCUCGACUUGAAGGUAUGCGUCGGACGGCGUCCGGUCCGGCACCUAAAACCUGCCUGCUGUGCGGCGACACGUCCAAGCUGCUGUCGCCCCUCCGCACGUGUUCCCUGUGCAGGAACUCCGCCUGCCCCAAGUGCGUCAUCGAGAUGCCAGCGCAAAGAUCGUCGCUAUACCCCCGGGACCAGUACAUGUGUAAUCUGUGCGCGGAGUCCAGGGAGGUUUGGAAGAAGUCAGGCGCGUGGUUCUUCCGGACCCUGCCCAAGUACACCAUGCCAGAGAAGAAGAUCACCGCCAGAUACAGCGACACCCAGUUCUCCAGGUCUUUACAGGAGGCGAGCAACAACGAGGGCAAGGCGGACUCCGAGCCGGGCUCCCCGCUGACGGCCGCCCCGCCCGUCACCCGCCAGACCAGCUCCGACCGACGGUCCGUCACCAUCUCACAGGAUUCGCCGCAGGAAUGGAACGAAACGGACAUCCUUUCCCAUGGCGUCAGCGGUUUAAGCCUUCACAGAACCGACAGCUUCAACCAGCGGUCUCUUCUGAAACGCACGGGCAGCAAAGGCAGCGCCUACAGCAUGAGGAGUGUUAGGAAGGAGAGAGAGAGAGUCCCAACGAUACCGGACUCCGGUUUCGGGACGUUGGAAGUGAAGUUGGAGUAUGACGUCGGGACGUCGUCUUUGGCGGUGACAGUCCUGCGGGCGAGGGGCCUCAUCGGCAUGGACAUGACGGGCCUGUCAGAUCCAUUCUGCCGACUCGAAAUAUUACCGCGCGAGGACUCAUACUCCAACAGACUGAGGACGAAGACUGUGCACAAAACGAAAAACCCUGAGUUCAACGAGACCCUACACUUUUUUGGUAUCACAGAAUCGGAUUUGUCGAUGAAGUCCUUAGAAAUUGUACUUUUCGACGAUGACAGGUAUGGGUGCGACGAGAUCGGCUCGGUGACGAUAGCGCUGCGCGAGUGCAGCAAGACUCAGCUCCGGCUCGCGCUGGGCGGCCCGUCCGGCUCCGAGCCGACCGGCCCGCGCCUGCUGCUCGCCCUCUGCUACAACACCAAGAAGCGCGCGCUCGUGGUCACCGUGUGCCGCGGCGCCGACCUCCCCUCCCAGGACAGCAACGGAUACUCGGAUCCGUUUGUCAAAUUACACCUAGAUCCAGACCCGUAUCACAAAAAGCACAAGACAUCCAUAAAAUGGCGGAACCUCAACCCUGUGUGGAACGAGGAGUUUCUCUUCGAGACGCGGCCUAUGGAGCUGGCCCGACAGAACCUCACGCUGACCGUCUGGGACAAGGACUACGGGAAGCCCAACGACUUCCUCGGCAGCCUCGUCAUCGGUGCCAGCAGCAAGGGCAGGAGACUCAAGCACUGGAUGGACAGCAUCAAGUUUCCCGACCACCGCCACGAGCAGUGGCACUCCUUGACUGACACCCAGCAUAUGUAAAAUGCGUAUAGUUUCAGAUCCAACUUAAUCUAAACAAAACAGAAAGAAUUAUCGAGCUUCGAAUCUUGUACUAAUAGGCUACUUAUCUUCUUUCUGCUCUUGUGUUGGUGACUUGGCGUUACUUUUCCGUAGCUUCUCAAACGCCUACCUGUAAUCACUUAAC